CACCAGUUGCCAUUUCUGUUGGGAACAUUCUUCUUUCGGUAUUUCGUUUUGGGAUCUUCAGUGGAAUGACAUUUCUUUGCUUUGGGAUUUGCGGCGUGCAUUUUGUUGACUAUUUUGAACACCAACUCGGACCACAACAGUUCUCGCAAGAUGCUGACUCGCGCAUGAACGCACCCGAAUAAAAACACCACUAUACCCACGGCGUCAACAAGUUGACAGGGCACAAGGAUUAAGGCUUCAAUCAGUACCAACCGCCAUAAUGGUAGACGACACCUUUCCGCGCCUCAUCUUCAUCCGCGUUUGCAUCCUCCUCCUCCAAUACGCUCCCCUCAUCGAAACCGUCCUCCUCUUUACGGCUGUCACCCUCCGCUACCCUCCCUCUCCCUUAAUCUCCUAUGUGCAGCAAAUCGCCUCCUUCAUCCCUCCCUCGCUCCUCGCCCUCCUCACCUCCCCCACCACUAUCCUCCUCCUCUCACUUCUCCUCACAACCGAGCUGAUCUACAUCACCACCCUCUACCUCCCGCACAAGUUCAGCCUCACACAUGAAGCCGUACACCCCCCCUUACCCGGUCGAAAGGAGCGGGAAGAGCUCUUCGACAGGGCCUUGGACAGCACGACGGAUUGGGAUGAGUACCUGAAGCUAUGGUUCCUAGGAGCGGAUGUGGAGGAAGUGAAGAGGGAGAAUGUUCGGGAGUUCUUGCUCUGGGCCUUCUUUGACAGGGACGGGGAGACAAAAGGCGACAAUGAAGAUAUUAAGGAAGAGCUGGAAUCGUACCUGGCCAAGAUCGAAGGCCUCCUCGGUCGGAAACUCCCGCCAGGCCGGGGUACUGCUACUUCUUUGCGGCUGACGUUCGAUGCGAUCGAUACCCGGUACCGAAGUGUGGUCUGGUACGGCGUUAUUGCGCUGUUGGAUCUGGUUACGCAUUUCAUGUUGGCGUGGUGUGGGUAUACGCACUACCGACCGUCUCGGUCUCGGUCUCGGUCUUCACGGUCUCGGUCACCAACAGCAGAAGGGGCAGCGGCAUCCCCGACAUCAACACCAGCCAAGACAACAACCACCCUCUUCCCACCACGCCUCCAACAUUCCAUCCCCCUGAUCCCCUCCAGUCUCCGACACCACACUUCGCCCACCCAGCACCUCAGCUACUACCUCCGUCCGCACCGAUCACGCACCCAACCGCCGGUGGUCUUCAUCCACGGCAUCGGCAUUGGCCUCUGGAGCUACACUACUCUUCUCAGCUCACUCAAAUCCUCGCACGCCCUAAAAGGGAAGGAAGAUGAUGGACAAAUAGGCAUCCUAGCCAUUGAGCUCCUCCCCAUUUCCUCUCGACUUACGGGCUCCGGACCGGAGCUGCCGGCUGUGCUUACCCACGGGGAGUUUUUGAGGGAGUUGGAAGCCGUUCUAGCCUACCACAAUAGCGGAGAUGGCGGGUUUCCGCUGGAUAAAGGCUUCACGCUCGUGACGCACUCGUACGGGAGCACGCUUGUGGCGCCUAUACUGAGGUCGACUAGGCCUUUUAUUGUUACUCCAUCUGAUCCCUCUGCGAAGACGAAGGAAGGUAGUGGAAAAGGCAAGAGUCUAGCGUCCCUGACGAAUACCCUCAUCCUCACCGACCCUGUUUCUAUUUGUCUUCAUUUACCCUCGGUAGCGUACAACUUCACCCGCCGCGCGCCGAGGAGUGCGAAUGAGUGGCAGCUGUGGUACUUUGCUAGUACCGAUUUGGGGAUAGCGAGGGCGUUGGGAAGAGGAUUUUUCUGGAGGCAGAAUAUUCUGUGGAGGGAGGACUUGGUUGCUUUCCUUGAAGGGGACGGGAAAAAAAGGGUGGUGGUUUGUCUGGCGGGAAGGGAUCUGAUUGUUGAUAGCAAGAGCGUGAGGGGGUAUUUGGGAUGGGGGGGAUCUGGAGAUGAUGGUGGUUUGGGUGAGGGUGAGGGUGUUGAGUGGAAAGGGAGGGGGAAGGGACAGAUGAUGCGCAAGAGAAUGGGGAAUGGGGUGGAGAUCGUUUGGUAUCCGCGGUUGGAUCAUGCGCAGAUGUUUGAGAGUGAGGAGACGUUGAGGCCGGUGUUGGAGGUUAUUGGGGGGUGGGAUGGUGGGGGAGAUGCGGUUGAAAUAGUGUCUUGAUGGAUCUUGUUUACCAAAGGGGACAAAAAACAAAGGGUAUAUUAACUUUCCUCACAACCGCACCGCACUCCUCGCUAGAUAUCAUCAAAACCCACAUUAAGCAAGCAUAAACAAAAUCACCAACUCAGGCCCUCGAAGGCGGAUACUCAG